AUGGACUCAUCUCCCCUCCCCUAUCAUGGCUCCUGCCACUGCGGUUUAGUCAAGUUCAUUGCAAUUAUCUCGAUGCCUCCAGUUGGAGUCCGGGACUCUGCAGCUCCGCCUCCGCCCUCGCCUUCGCAGCCCCGCUUCUACAAAUGCAAUUGCUCGACCUGCCACAAAUCCGGCGUCUUCCAUAUGCGCUUGCCAGAUGCCCCAAACGAGUUUUUCUUAUUCUCCCCACUAAACCUAGAAGAGCUUAGCAAUUAUCAAUGCUUUAAGCGUCUGGUAAAUUGGUAUUUUUGCCCUACAUGCGGCGUUCGAUGCUUUGGUGUCGCAGCGCGCUGGAAAAAGGACUCGAUUGAACCCGAGAGAUUCAACCUGGCGAUUUCUAGUGAGGAAGGAAAGCAAAUUACCCCCAUCAAGGACAACGAUGAGCAGCAAAGGAUAUCGGUCUUGCGAUUGGACCCGGAAGGUUAUAAGGAGAACCAGACCGGAUAUUUCUCCCUGAAUGCUCUUACCAUCGAUCAAGACCAGCCUCAUGGGAAGCGUCUUGAUCUGCGUCGGAUUGUCGAUAACAAGUGGUUGGAAUAUCUGGAUCGCAAGGAGGGAGUAGCAGACAUGCGCUAUGAUUACCCGCAGGAGGGAGGCUCCUCCUGUGGAGGCGGCCAUCGCAACACCCUCAACAAGGCUGUCACACGAGGCUUGCUGUCUUCUUUGAAUGGGAAGCCGGGGGCACAAUCUUCAUUUAGCAUUCCGAUCUGUCGUAGUAUACAAGAAAAAAACCCAUUCGCUCACUUAUGGAUUUUCCCGAGUGCCUAUAUUUGCAAAAGUCUACCUUGUGCUAUAUAG